AUGCCAUGGCCGUCGUUGCUUUCAGACGCGUACAAAACCGUCUACUACGAUCCGCACAGUGGAAAGACGCUGACGGGAAAAGUGGAGUCGACGAAGCUCUCCGGGAGCAGAAUCACCUUCCGAGGGCUGCCGUGCGACUGCGACGGGUUGUCCUGCGGCUGCUGCGCCGGCGUCAACCUGACGUCCUUCAACUUCGACAGACGCGCCUGCUCGAAUUUUACGUUCGUCCCCUCCGACCUUGCCAUCGAAAUGUCGCUGUCGGUGGACGACCGACGGGUCGUCGAGACCUCUCUCUCCGCCAGGAACCCGCCGCCUCUCUGCAUCCCCGUGCCGUAUCUCCCGGUCGUCAGCCUGUGCUUCAAGUUCUACGACGUCCACGUGAGCGAAGACAGCGUCCACGCCUGCUUGGAUCUGCAGACCGAGGUGAUCCGCGCGCCGGUGCUGAUCCUGCACUUCGACUGCCUCAGGAUCGGCAGGGACGGAGUCGCCUGGGUCAAACCCGGAGAAGACGGCGGCUCUCAGAAGCCAGGACCCGACGGCAACGAGGUUUACGACGACGUCGAUUUCGAGCCUCAGGAUCAGGAAUCGAUCUCGAUCUUAUCCUCCACGCCUCCUCCCAGUCCGGAGGAAGAGGCCGCGAUAGGCCAACUCAAGCUGUAA